CGCGAUAGGCAGAUCUGAUAGUAUUAAAAUAAAAUAAAUCAAUCUACCGACUGAAAAGUACAUUUAUAUUGUUGUUAACUACACCUUAUAGGCAGAUCUGAUGCGAGUGUUAAGCUAAAUCUCAGAAGCUCACAUUCAAAACCUUCUUCAAAGCAAAUCAAUGGCGAUCACCGAGUUUCUGCCUAAAGAGUACGGAUAUGUCGUUCUUGUCCUCGUCUUCUACUGCUUCAUCAACUUUUGGAUGGGCUUUCAAGUCGGCAAAGCUCGCAAAAGGUAUGGAACACGUGUGUCUAGGCCUGAGUGUUCGGGUACCCAUUCGGGUAUGGGUCGGUUCUUUCGGGUAUCGGGUUUUUCGGGUUUGGAAACUAAAACCCAUUCGGGUAUUAUAAAAUUUCGGAUCGGGUUCGAGUCGGGUCUUUCCGGGUUCGGGUGGGUUCGGAGCAAGUCCAAUGCUGUUACUCUCGAGAGAGGACACCAAAACGCUCUAGAGAUGAUGCCAAUGUACUUUAUACUAAUGAUACUUGGUGGGAUGAAACACCCUUGCAUCUGUACUGGCUUGGGUUUGGUCUACAAUAUUUCUCGAUUCUUCUACUUCAAAGGUUACUCUACUGGAGAUCCCACAAAGCGCCUCACCAUCGGGAAAUACAGUUUCAUGGGAUUGUUUGGUCUCAUGAUCUGUACCAUCUCCUUUGGUGUCACUCUCAUCCGCGGUUAGGCCAGUUCUACUCCUUUGUGAGGUUGAUGAUUCUAUGGACUUUGGAUCCGGUCCUUAUGAGUUGUCUACAUGCUUAUGUUAUAAUGUUAAGAGUUCGUCAGGUUGUUGCUUACGGAACUGUUUUUUCAAGUUGUAAUAAAACUAUGGUUUUACGUAAAACAAAGAAACUUCACAUCCC